ACUGCGCAAAACCGUCGGUCCGGAUUUGUGUGACGUCAUGAGGAGCCUCUCUUGACAGGAUCCAGAAAGGACGAACCAGCACCGGGAGAAAAAACACCGAUCACCGGCAGGAAAACACACCGAGCACCGAGCUGCAGCGGCCCGGGCAGAGAGCUGUCGACCACCGCAGAGAACCGAAGCAGUCCGCGGGUUCUCACUCGGUUGUUCUAGUCGGUUAACGGUUGUUUUUUCCUGCCUCUAAAACCACCCGAGCAGCCGGAGAACCAGCGGCUGUUCCCCGAGGACGGUCGCUCCGAUCCACUGCGGGGGGCAAGCAGCGGGACUCGACGGGGACAGGACAUGGACCGGGCCGCACCGGGGGGAUUACACCACACGGACUGAGGAGCAGAGGACAAAGGCUUCGUGUGGAUGUCCCUGAGCCCGGGAGCUGCUCUUGAGACCGGAGAUGGGAGCGCUAACGAGCCGGCAGAACAUCGGCGUGGAGGAGGUGGACAUCCCGUCCAGCUCCGUGUACCGUUACCCACCCAAAUCCGGAAGUUACUUCGCCAGCCACUUCAUCAUGGGGGGGGAGAAGUUUGACUCCACCCAUCCGGAGGGAUACCUGUUCGGGGAAAACACAGACCUCAACUUCCUGGGGACCAGACCUGUAGCGUUCCCGUACGCAGCCCCCCCACCUCAGGAACCAGUGAAGACGUUACGAAGCCUUAUAAACAUCCGGAAAGACACUCUGCGGCUCGUACGGUGCAGCGAGGACCUGAAGCUGCCGGGUGACGAGGAGACGGCGAAGAACAGGGCGUGCUACAACGUGGAGUUCACCUUCGACGCUGACACACAGGUCGCCAUCACCAUCUACUACCAGGCCAUAGAGGAGUUUCACAAUGGAGUGCCAGUUUACCUGCCCCAGGACAGCUCUCUGCAGUCUGAGACCGUGCACUUCAAGAGGGGAGUUUGCCAGCAGUUCUGUCUGCCCUCACACACGGUCAACCUCAGCGAAUGGGCCGACGAGGAGCUGCUGUUUGAUAUUGACAAGGAGGUUUUCCCCAUGGUGGUGCAGGCGGUCGUGGACGAGGGAGACGAACAUUUGGGACACUCACACAUUCUCCUGGCUACAUUUGAGAAGCACAUGGACGGGAGCUACUGUGUGAAGCCUCUGAAGCAGAAACAAGUGGUGGAUGGAGUAAGUUAUCUGCUGCAGGAGAUCUAUGGGAUAGAGAACAAAUACAACAGCCAAGAAUCAAAGGUUGCCGAUGAUGAGAUCAGUGACAACAGCGCGGAGUGUGUUGUGUGUUUGUCGGACGUGCGAGACACACUCAUCCUGCCGUGCAGACACCUGUGUCUCUGCAACGCCUGUGCCGACACGCUGCGCUACCAGGCCAACUGCUGCCCCAUCUGCAGACUGCCGUUCAGAGCUCUGCUGCAGAUCCGAGCCAUGAGGAAGAAACUCAGUCCCCUGUCCCCCAGCAGCUUUAACCCCGUCAUCACGUCACAGACCUCGGACUCGGAAGAACACUCGGCGUCGGAGCACAUCCCUCCAGGCUACGAGGUGGUGUCUCUCCUGGAGGCGUUGAACGGGCCCCUCAGCACCUCCUCGGUGGCUCCUCCUCCUCUCAACUCUGGCCCCAGCCACGUCUCUGGAGCGCUGCCUCCGUACAGCAGUGAGCCGCACGCCACCCCGGCCCGCUCCAUCUCCCCUCUGGACCACUCCAACUCCAGCCAGGGUCUCAAGCUCAAGAAGAGUGGUUCAAAGUCACUUUCCCAGACUUCCUCUGUGCUUCCCGAGGAGGAGGACGAGAAGUCUUGCAGUGAAUCGGAGGCCUGUCGCCACAAACUGGCUGUGAACCAGCAGGAGUGUGGAGUGACUCCAGACAGCGAGAACCUGACUCUGUCCUCGUCUGGAGCCAUCGACCAGUCGUCCUGCACUGGAACUCCGCUCUCAUCCACCAUCACCUCUCCUGAAGACCCAGUGAGCAGCAGCCUGGCCCAGUCAGUGAUGUCCAUGGCCUCGUCGCACUCGCAGCACUCCCACAUCAGCACUGACACCAUGUCCUCCAUGUCAGGGUCCUACCUGGCCGGGGCCGAAGGCGAGCCCGGGGGGGAGGAGGAGGAGGAGGAGGAGGAGGAAGGAGGCACCGCGGAGGGCGAGGAGAACCAGGACAUCCCCAUGCAGAGGAGAGGGCCGUCGCAGCAGGACGCGGAGUUUUCCAAACAGCCAAAGGAACAAAACUACUCCCAGGCUGUCGAGGAGCAGGACUCAGAGGGAAAUGACGUGACAGAAGAGGACUGCUCCUCCCCAUCAAAUGGGAAAGGUGGGCGGAGCAGGUGUCCAGAGUUGGCCAAUAACAAUCAGGGCGUCGCCCUCUGUGACACGCCCUCUUUGGGGCUGGAUAAUGAGCAGGCUCCCAACAGCCGAUUCGCCGAUCUGAUGUACCUCGGGGGCUACAGGCCUGUUUUGGAGCCCCUCCCCCACCACUCCUCCACCAGCAACAUCAACCUGGAGGAGCAGGGGGCCGACAACAGGGACGGCCAGAGUCCGAAACACCCCCGCCGCGGACCCCUCAUCGUGUAACACGCUCCCACACACAAAGUACACCGAGACUGAACCCAAUCCAUCCAGACGUCUUACCCUGUCGUAGUGCUGCAUAGCUGGAUACUGUCCUCGCUGAACAGGGAAACAACCCCCCCCCCCGACACACACACACACUUUUCGGAACAUCUGAUUGUCGUGAAACCCGUCCUGAGUGGAAAGACGAGGGAAGAGGAACAAACAGCAUCACCUCUCCACUGAACGCUUUACUCUCACAAAGUUUCCUUUCCCUUAUUAUUUUUUUUGUCAGUGACCGAACGUCUAGAUGAUCCCACCGCGACAUUAUUAUUUAUUACUUGUAGGUGUAACCAAUGAGUGCUCUGUAUCGUGACACUAUCUUUAGAAACAUACAUGCUGCUCGUCCCCUCUCCUCUCUCUCCUCUCCUUUCCGCUCCUCUCCUCUCCUCUCCAUUCCUCUCCUCUCUAAUACCAGCCAAACAGUCAGGGGCUACUGUGAUCGGCAAUCGGAUUUAUUACUAAACUUCUUCUUCUUCUCUGUUAUAAACUGUGCGUUGAAUGAGUGUUUGGACACUAUAUAAAAGUCAGCUCACACCAGACGACCUUACGUUACCACAGCAAACUGAAAACGCCCGGACCCCUCUCCUCGGAUCAGGGGGGCUCCAGGCUCGACUUCGCAUGCAGCUCCCCACGGCUGCUGAUUUUCUUCACCUCUCCAGCCACCAUGAAUUCAAAAACACCAUAACCAAUUGCUGAAUGUGAAUCCAGAAACUCUCGGACUUGAGAUGAGCAGAGAAAGACACGUCUGGCAGAAUGUAACACGUGGAAGAAGAGGAAUGUACGUGACGUCCCGAUCGUCACCUGAACUGGAAUUAAACACAAACUGUGAACCUUCGAAGUGGUUCUUUAAAAAACACACCCCCCGCGCCGCCCUCUCCUUCUGAAGCUACGCGUUAGCAUGUCCGCUUUUUCUUUCAACUGGAAAUCAACAAGUACCACCAAGCAAUAAAGAUGCCCAAGCUGCAUCUCUUCCUUUCCCCUCCGCAGGAGGACGCUCACUCACAGUCAAAGACAGAAACUGUGUUUGCACUGGACUCUUCUAUCAAAUACAGACAUUCAUACGUGUUUAAAUGUCCUUUUUUAUUUUAAAUUUUAAAGGGAUUGAUUGUGAGGAGUAACAACAGUGGGGAGUGGAGCCACACUGGUCAGCUGGUAUUUAGUUUUCUUGUGAUCAUCACCCCCCGACGAACCCUCUUUACUUCUCAUCCGUGAAGCUUUUAGUUGUUUCGGUUUUGUAUAACUUUUAAUGUAUAGCUCACCUGUUGUUGUUGUUCUCCCGUUUCUGUGUUUUUAAGUUGUUGCAGAACACUGUGUUGUUUAUUGGAAUGUGGAUGAAAACAUGUGAAGCAUUUGUUAAGGUUUACACACUCGCACACACACAAACACACACACACACACAUGAUUUUACAAAUAACUGAAAAGGGACGAUAUCGACAUUUAAUGCAUUAUUAGCUGUUUCCUAGACGACACACGUUGCGGUGCAUGAGGCGAUAGUAGAGUAAGCAUGUUAGUCUAGGUCGGCCUGCACCCCCUCCUGUAGAAUCCUGAUGGGUCACUGCACACACAGCCGUCUCAUGUCCUUCUGCAGUGUUAACUAAUCGGUCGCUGGCUCCUUCUUCCCUUGACCGAACCGUCAAGGUCAAGACCUCUGCACUAUUAUAUCCAAGCUGCAAACAGUCACGUGAUUACAGCCGUCCCCUCCGGCACCGGUUGCAGUGUGACAGCAAAGGAACGGGUUCUAAAUCUGCAAGACUCCACUUUUUCUAGAACCAAGAGUUAAAAAGGUCCAAGAAAACAUCAAACAAACAAUAAAGAUUUUGCAACUAA